AUGCUCUAUCUGCCUCUGAACUACAAGCUGCUGUCGGGCAAAACGCUCAACGUCUGGGCUCAUCUCACUCCGUCGUUGCUGCUAGAGAUCGUGGCGCGUCUGAGAGAGCCCUCCCAGGUAUUACGAAGUUAA